AUGCAUAUUCUCAUCACCGGUGCUGCCGGUUUCAUCGGCCAGCUACUCGCCAAAGAACUCUUGAAUGACUCCGAAUACCGCGUUACCUUGACAGAUAUCCAUCAACCCCCAGUCCCCCAGGGCGUUCGCUACCCCCAGAAUGCAACUUCAGUGAAGGCAGACCUCCUCGUCGGGGCUAAUGAUGUUGUUGACCCCUCUAUCGACGCCGUCUAUGCCUUCCAUGGCAUCAUGUCUUCAGGCUCCGAGGCCAACUUCGACCUGGGCAUGAGCGUGAACGUUGACGCGACCCGCAACCUGCUCGAGGCACUGCGGCAUACCUGCCCCGGGGUGCGGGUGAUCUACGCAUCCAGCCAGGCCGUCUACGGUCAGCCGCUGCCCGAGGUAGUGACUGACAGCGUCAUCCCAACACCCGAGUCCUCGUACGGCGCCGAGAAGAUCAUCUGUGAGACCCUCAUCAAUGAGUAUACCCGUCGCAAGUUCAUCACGGGUUUCACUCUGCGCUUCCCUACUAUCUCAGUUCGUCCGGGUGCGCCUACUGCCGCUGCUUCUUCGUUCCUGUCGGGUAUGGUCCGCGAGCCUCUGGAUGGCAAGGAGUGUGUUAUCCCCAUCGAAGACCGCUCGUUCAAGUCAUGGCUUUGCUCGCCCAAGACUCUUGUUCACAAUCUUCUUGUUACCCUCCGUCUUGACGGUGCCUCUGUUCCUCCGCACAUCCGCCAGAUUAACGUUCCUGGUAUCUGCGUGACCGUCCAGGGAAUGAUGGAUGCGCUGGAGAAGGUGGGUGGCAAGGAUAAGCUGGCUCUGCUUCGGGAGAAGGAAGACCCUGCUCUGGUGCCGAUUCUCAAGUCAUGGCCUACGCAGUUUGAUAACUCCCAGGCUAUUUCGCUGGGAAUGAAGCGUGAUGAGUCGUUUGAAGUGGCCGUGCAGGAUUACAAGGUGCAAUUGGAGAGCUCACGAUCAUGA